AUGUCCGCCUUGACACGGAACCAUGCCAUCCCCACGAACGUCCCCAAUAGUCUCAACACCGAGUACUACCGACAACGCGCCGCAGGGGGUGCUGGCUUGAUUAAUGCUUUUGGUAUCUGGUCUCAAGAGCAGGUCAACGGGUGGAAGAAUGUCACAGACGCUGUUCACGAAGAGGGAGGCGUGAUCUUCGCACAGCUAUGGCAUCUUGGACGCCUAAGCCACCCCGAUGCACCAGAGCAAAUCGCCUCAGGACUCCCACCCUCAGUAAUCUCUGCCCGAGGAGGAAAUUUCCGUUUCCUCCCUGGUCAGCCAGGCUAUGUCACACCUACUGCAAUCGACGACCCUCGAAUUCUACUUGCCAAUGGAAACAGGCUACUAUCAACGCGAAACAGGCCAGACGUCUGGGGUGCCAACAGGGUCGGUAUCAAGUUGAACCCCGCCGAAGGGUAUAAUGAUGUCGGAAUGCCGCUUCAAGAGACGCUGGGCAUAUUCGGGUACCUCAUCUCAGAGAUUGACAGACUCGGGAUCGCAUACGUUGCACUCGUGCGGUACGCAGGGAAUCUCGAUCCUGUUAUUGACGGGGCUCGGCGUGCAACGAAGCAUGAUGUCCUCGGAACGUAUACCCCCUUGUUGAAGAAUCCCGCUACGAAUGUAUUCGCGAAUGCAUUAUUCACAGGCGAGGAGGCGGUGCAGUAUGUUGAGGAUGGGAAGGUGGAUGGAGUUUUCUUUGGUAUUCCAUGA